UAGUUGCAUAUCAACAUCAGCAGUCAGUUUAUAUUGUAACAUUGCGUCAUUCAAUUGUGUAAAACAAAAGUCAUCUUUGCCGAACCGAAUUGUAUUUGCAUUUUAUAAAUAAAUGUGUUAAAUUGAUUUCGCCCUCUGAAGUAGUUAUUGACCAUUAAAUAAAUAAAAAAAAAGUUGAUUUGCUCAAAUAUGCGGUUGGUGAUUUUAGAUACACAAAAAAGUGUUGGAGAAUGGGCUGCCAAGUAUGUUAUGAAACGAAUAAAAGAUUUCCAACCAGGACCAGACAAAUUUUUCCGACUUGGACUUCCGACGGGUAAAACACCACUCGAAAUGUAUAAAAAUUUAAUUGAAUAUCAACGACAAGGAAAAGUUUCCUUUAAAUACGUUAAAACAUUCAACAUGGAUGAAUAUGUGGAUUUACCACGUGAUCAUAUGCAGAGCUAUCACAAUUUUAUGUAUCAAAAUUUUUUCCAACACAUUGACAUCGAUCCAAAAAAUGUUCACAUUUUGGAUGGAAAUGCAAGCGAUUUGAACGCAGAAUGUGAAAGAUUCGAAGCAGAAAUUGUAAAAGCCGGUGGAAUCGAGCUGUUUAUUGGAGGGAUCGGAGCCGAUGGUCAUAUUGCAUUUAAUGAGCCCGGAUCAUCUCUAGUUUCGCGAACUCGUGUUAAAACUUUGGCCGAAGAAACUUUACGAGGAAAUGCUUCGAGUUUCUUUGAUAACGACAUGAGUAAGGUGCCCAAAAGAGCAUUGACAGUGGGAUGCGGUACAAUUUUAGAUGCAAACGAGGUGAUGAUUUUAAUAACUGGUGCCCAGAAGUCCUUUGCUUUGUAUAAAACGAUUGAAGAAGGUAUAAAUCAUAUGUGGACAGCAAGUUGCCUGCAGCAACAUAAAAAUGUAUUGCUUAUAUGCGAUGAUGAUGCAACGCUUGAGUUACGUGUUAAAACUGUUAAAUACUUUAAGGGUUUGAUGAGUGUGCAUUCGAAACUAAUUGACGAAACUGAUUAAUGACAGCAUUUGAAGAAAAAAUUUAUUGAACUUUUGGAAAUUAUAAAAUUACUCAACUUGAAAUGUUUACUGUUAUAACUCUAAGCUGAUCGAAUAGAUUUUUACUCGUAUUCACAAUUCA